AAUGCACCGCACUGUUAUUGUUGUUGCCGUCUGUCCAACAUGGCGGCUGCGGGCUGCGUCCUCCACAGAACCCUGACCCGGUCCAGGUCCAGGUCCGGACCCAACCAGGAGUCCUCGUCCUCUCCCGCCGUCUGCAGGGACUUCCUGUCCGUGGUGGACCUGCAGCGCUACAGCAGAGACCAGGGCUCGUCCGUCUACUUCCCGCAGGCGGUGCUCAACGGUGACGACCUGUAUGACGUCACACUGACAGACGGCGACUGCAGGCUUCAGGUGACUCUGGAUCCUGGUCUGAACCGGCUGGUGGAGAGGAACGUCCUGCGGCCGGGAUCGACGCUACGCAACGCCACCUUCGCCCUCGCCAUGAGCGCUCAGCACCCAGCAUGCCCCGGGGCCUCUGCGGAGACAGACAGCUACAGACUGGAGAGAGCGGAGGUCAGAGGGGACGACGAGGACGAUGGAGUCAGGAGGUUUGAUGUGGACGUGGACUCUCUGCCCUGGUUUGGAUCCCCGGACGCUGUAGGUCCUUUGGUUCCUCUGAGAGCCAAUAGGAGUGUGUUUCUCCCUCAGUGGAACAAUGUGGACUACAGUGGGGAGGUGUGGAGGGAAGCCCCGCCCACUGAGGAAGAGGCGGAGCAUGGAGAUGAUGAAGAGGAGGAGGAAGGGCAACGACCUGCUGUGACGGUGUCUGAGCUGCGUGACUCCUUCCUGUCUGGUCAUCGGGGCGUUGCUAGGGGCGCCGUCCAGCAUCGUCUGAUCAUACGCAUCAUCAACAAGUCACACCUGAUGUAUUAUGGGAGAACCGACCGAAACUGUGAAUGUCCUUAUAAGGCGGUGUUGGAGGUGUGCGACCGGACUGGAGGUGUGUGUGUGGUGUUGUGGAACAGUGUGUGUGUCGGCUGGUAUCACCGUCUGAAGCCGGGUGAUGUCAUCAGCCUGAGACGCUAUCGAGUCAAACGGCAUUACCAGGCUGAGCUGGAUGAUAUAGAGAUCAGCGUUAACAGCAGGAAUCCUGCUGCUCAGAUAUCUGUUCUCCCAGAAUCCUCAGUUUCACCCGAGUAUCUCCCACCUGCACCAACCUACAGCUUCUACAACAGUAAGGAGCUCCUGGACCUUCCUCACAGCGCUGAGUGCGAUGUCAUUGGCCUGCUUACAUUCACAGGACGAGCAGAGCGAAUAAGGAGCAAGGAUGGUCGAGGGGCCGAGCUUUUGGAGUAUCGCUGGCUGCAAUUGGAGGACGGGACCAGCGAUCAGCCAAUCAACGUGAAGCUCUUCUCCACGUCUCAACCUGAAACGCACCGCAGCCUCCACCCAUUGUCUGUGGUCGUUUGUACGAGACUGAAGUUGAUCAAAUCUGCAAAUCAAACUCACAACUGCUGCUUCCUGACAAACACCAUCAACACUCAGGUGUACUGCACAGGACUGGGCCACCACUCAGAGAUGAGUUAUCGUAAACUCCGGCCGGUACGACAGUUCCUUCAGUGGCUGAGGAGCCAGGAUGACAGACAGGUGCUGAGCAGGGCUCUGAUUGGAGGAUUCUUCAUGUACCCACCUCCUCCGGUCUCCCUGGAAACGUACAUGAAAGAUCGAAGAGGUGAGCCAGGUUUCCUCAGAGGGGCGGAGCUUCAGAGGGAGCUGGAGAGGCUCUGUUAUCGGGAGAGACGCACCUUCUGCAUCCAGGCAACAGUAACCAUGGUUACGUACAGCCGCAGAGGAGAGGAGGAUCGCUCUUUGCUCUGGACGGACAGAGCUGCGUCUCGCUCCUCCUCCUCGUCCUCCCCUCGUCUCCUUACAACCUCCUCUCACCCGUCUCCCUCUCCGUCCCUCUCCUCCACUUCCUCCUUCCAGCCUCUCCCCUCCACCCCUCAUUCCUUCAGACCUCCUCUCUCCCCCUCCUCCUCGUCUUUAUCUCCAACCUCUCCGUCCUCUGCCUUCAGUCAGCUGGCGCCUCGUCCUGUGGACCUCAGAGCAGCGAAGUCGUGUAAGAGGAAACUGCUGCUUCAUCCUGAAACUCCAAAGAAGAGACGGCCGUGGGUCACACUACAGCCAGAACAAAACAACAACACAGUCAUCCUGUUCGAAGCCUCCAUGGAGUUUCUAGAAAACUCAAAUGCUGACGAAGACGACAGCGAUGACGAUGAUGCCUCGUCCUUCGUCACCGCUCCCCUCUUUCCCGCCUUCCCACCCAUUGCCGAGGAGACGCUGCCGAUGCGUUACGACCACACCAGCAGGGAGGAGCAGGCUGUCGUCGUGGCGAUGGGAGGGAGGGCGGGCCCUGGGAGGUUUGACCCCGCCUUCGAUGACUACUACACACUGAGACUGAGAGCUCUGUCAGAUUCUGUGUCGGUCGACGUCGUCUUCCUCCCUCAUUCCUCUCCUCCCGUCCUCCCUCACCCCAACACCUGGACCUCCAUCUUAUCCCACGGAGCCUUCUCUUCACAUGGACCUCCACCUUCACCAGCUGACCUCAUCGUCUUGGCGUCCCAGCUGACCAAUCAGAGGCUGGUGUGCGUCCUGGAGGCGUGUCACCUGGGGGGAACCAGGACUGAACUCAUCCUGAGCCGAGCGUUUCAGCUGCCCAACUGACACACACACACACACACACACACACACACACACACACACACACACAGACACAGACACACACACACACACACACACACACACACACACACACACACACACACACACACACACACACACACACACAGAUGCCUGGAGUUUAGAUAUUGGAUAAUUUAAAGUAUUUCUAGUUAUUUAUAAAGACAGACACUGAAGCACUUUACUAAAUGUUGUGAGUUGUUGUAAAAACAACACUGACUUCAUUCGCAGCUGUUUGGUGGAUUUUAUCCAGACGCCAGUGGAACGCUGCCAUUUGUGUUUUAGUCAAAAUAUUAUAUUUGAACUGUUGAAGUUCAGAUACAUUUUUUUGUUUAUAUAUAUAUUUAUAUCUAUAUUUAUAUGAGUAUAUAGGUGGUGUCAGUAAAAUACUAAUAGUAGGAAAAGUAUGUGAGAACAGUAGAAGUCUUUACGUAUGAAUAAUUUACGUAUUUAAUAAAAAAGGCCACAGAAUUGGUAUUAUUAUCAUUAUUAUAUUCGUAACAUCACUUAAUUUCAUUGGAUCAUAUGAAAUACUCACAGUCAUUUAAAAUAUAACGUAACCAAUUGUUUAAAAAGUAUAGAAAUAAUAGAAUUCAGUAUUUUACCUCCGUUUGUGAAGAGAAGGUUUUAAAAGAGAAAUAAAGUCUGGAAAUUUACAGUUAAAAAUAUUUUUUAACUGAAACUUGAUUAAAUACUAAUAUAUUAAUGAUACAUUUUCAGGCCAAACUCUGUAAAUUAUAAUUCUGACCAUGGUAGUGUUUUCAUGUUUCCUGUUCAGACACUAAAACUUCUGUGUGAUUCAAGAAAAAGAAAAGUUUUCUUAAAGUGACAUUUUAUUGCCAAAAAGUUUGUGGUUGUCUCCACUGUUCUGACAUCUGGAUGUUUGUUCCUGUUGUUCUUUAAAAAAGUUUUGUUUUUGUAUAAAGUUUUGAACUGAAGGUUUCAGCUCCUUUCACGCUGUUUUCUUCAAAACUGUGUCACAUUUUAUAUUUGUGAAAGGUUCUUCAACUUUUACAGUCUAAUAAAUGAUGUUGUAUCCUCA